AUGGGAAGUUUCAACACCAGUGUGGGAGAUGGCUUCAUUUUGGUGGGCUUCUCAGAUUGGCCUCAACUGGAACUCAUCUUUUUUAUCUACAUUUUGAUUUUCUACUCCCUGACUCUCUUUGGCAACACCACCAUCAUUGCUCUGUCACGCCUAGACCUGCGUUUACGCACUCCCAUGUUCUUCUUCCUCUCCCACCUCUCCUUCCUGGAUCUCUGCUACACCACCAGCACUGUGCCUCAGCUCCUGAUCAACCUUCAGGGCCAUGACCAGACCAUCACCUACGGAGGAUGUGUGGUCCAGCUGUUUAUUGUCCUUGCACUGGGCUCCACCGAGAGUGUCCUCCUGGUGGUGAUGGCCGUUGAUCGCUAUGCUGCUGUGUGUCGUCCACUGCACUACACAACCGUCAUGCACCCUCUGCUCUGCCAGACAUUGGCGAUCGCCUCCUGGGUUGGAGGCCUCGUCAACUCUACAAUUCAGACAGGCCUCAUGAUGGCCAUGCCUCUCUGUGGUCAUCGACUGAAUCACUUUUUCUGUGAGAUGCCUGUUUUCCUGAAGUUGGCUUGUGAGGACACGGGAGGAACAGAGGCCAAGAUGUUUGUGGCCAGAGCCAUAGUUUUGGUCUUUCCUGCAGCACUCAUCCUCGGCUCCUAUGCGCAUAUUGCCAGGGCCGUGCUGAAAGUCAAGUCGAUGGCUGGGCGCAGAAAGGCUUUUGGGACUUGUGGGUCCCACCUUGUGGUGGUUUCUAUGUUUUAUGGGUCAGCCAUCUACACAUACUUACAACCCAUGGGAAGUUAUUCUGAAAACGAGGGAAAGUUUGUUGCCCUUUUUUAUACUAUAGUUACCCCUAUGCUCAACCCUCUGAUUUAUACUCUUAGGAACAAGGAUGUAAAAGUUGCUAUGUGGAAGAUACUAGGUAGAGGUACAGACUCAGGGUAG